UCCAGGCCUGGGCGUAGCCCAGGAAAUGUUGUCGUAUGGGGCCCUGUGAUUUCUGAUGGCGGUCCUGCUUCACCCACUGGGGGGGUUUGGUUGGCUUACUUGAUGUUCCUGAAAUUACUCUGGCAUUAAUACAGCAGGCAAGUGGGGUCAGGCUAGCGAUUUAUGGGGCCAAUAGUGCCUGACCUUCCUAGUACAGGGGAUUCUGGGAAGUCGGACGCUCACUACACUAUUAGCAGCCGAGCGAUAACUUGGGUAUUCUCUGACUCAAUAUCAACGCUCAUAGAGCAGCAAAAGAAGCUGCAGUUCGCUGACUGAGGAGCCGCUUGCCCGCUUUUAGACUUAAGAUACCACGUGACGAGGACGCCGUGCGUCAAGCAUGAAUGACGCCACGGGCGCACGCAUCACCACUAGGAAGUUGCUAUAACUCUGACAAUGGAGGGCUCUGCAACUUUAUCUUUAAUGCUACCGCGCACUAAACCAAUGGUGUGUGUGGAGUACCCGGGCCUGGUGCAGGAUGUGGGGAAGAUGCUACGGACCUUGGGAGGGGAGGAAGGUGUGUCCAAGACAUACGCUGAUCCCUCCAAGAGACUGGAACUCUAUUUCAGACCGAAGGAUCCCUAUUGCCACCCGAUGUGCGCCAACCGAUUCCCCACCACCACUAUGAUCCUGCGGGUGAAGAAGAAAGUACGGCGGAAAAAAGACCACAAUCCCGGCACCCUUGAACCAAUGGAAGAAGGAAAGAUCAGCUUGGAAAUCAUCGGCGUGGUUGGCACCGUCUAUAAAUUUCAAGGGAUGUCUGAUUUCCAGUACUUGGCAUUUAAGCAAGGUCCUGAUGGCAGCCGAACUUCUCUGUACGACAAGGUCCUGCUACGUAAGCCAGAGAAAGAAGAGUUUUUCAACCAAGAAAUAGCUCUCCACAUCCCCCCGCCUAUAUUCUCCCGUCUGGACAACUCGGUGGAUUAUUAUUACCGCCCUGAUGUCAAUCACAGAGAAGGCUAUAAAAUGCCUCAGAUGUCCAGUGACAAUCUGAUUGGCCCGAGCAGGGCCCGACGGCCCCACAAUGCCAUCUUUGUCACCUUUGAGGAAUCUGAGAUCCCUAAUGAGCCACACCAGGCUGCUGUAAAGAACUGGACUAAGCUCUGCACAAAUCCCUUGGACAAACAGGCAGAGGAGGAGAUGAGGCAGCUCUUUAGCAAUCGCCCUAUUUGGUCACGAAAUGCGAUUAAGGCCAACAUUAGCGUCCACCCAGACAAGCUCAAAUUAUUGUUGCCUAUCGUGGCUUAUUACAUGCUGACAGGCCCCUGGAGGAGUCUGUGGGUGAGAUUCAGCUACGAUCCCAGGAAAAACCCAGACGCAAAGAUCUACCAAGUGCUUGAUUUCCGGAUUCGCUGUGGAGUCAAGUAUGGAUAUUUACCGAAUGACAUGCCCAUUAAAGCCAAACGCAGCACGUACAACUACAGCCUGCCCAUCACGUUGAAGAAGCCAGCACCACAGGUUGUCAGUGUGCAGGACCUAAAACAAGGGCUGGUAGGGCCUGGCUCCAACAGCCCAGGAGGGAAAAACCCUUUUUACAACAAAUACAAACUCAAGGAUUCUGUAUAUAUUUUCCGGGAAGGAAGCCUACCCCCAUACCGACAGAUGUUCUACCAGCUGUGUGACUUAAAUGUGGACAGUUUGCAGGCUAUUAUCCAGAUGAACGAGGGGUCAGAGAGUGAAUGCACCGAAAAGGAUGGGUGGUGCCUUCCGAAGACCUCAGAAAAGCUUAGAGACGCCAUGUCCCUUAUGAUCAAGCAGAUUAUACGCUCAAAGAGACCCUCCCUGUUUUCUGAGCCUUCCACCUCCACCAGUAACAAGGAGCAGCUGACUUAUGAAUCAGGGGAGGAGGAGGAUGAAGAAGAGGAGGAAGAGUUCCACCCGUCUGAAGGUAGUGAGAACGAGAUGGAAACUGAGCUUCUGGACUAUGUGUAACGCAACUGAAGAGUGAUGGAACAUAACCAGUCCUUGCAGCAUCUUACCAUGGCACUGAGUGUCGCCUGAUGUUAUUUAAACAGUGUUGUAAAAAAACAUUGAUCGACUUUCAAGCCUUGGGUCUUGGAGGGAAUUAGACUGAGCACUUAUUCUGGACUCUUGGUCAUUGAUCAGACCCACCUUUUUUUUUUCUUUUUCUAAACCGUUUAAAUAAAAUAAGUUAUAAACAUUAAA